AUGAGAAUCCCCGAGAAGAGAGCCGCGAGAAUUCUGGAGAAAAAGGAAAUGAGAAGUCAAGAAUGCAUUUACACUCACUUGACUACGCAAAAGUACAGUUUGAAGAGACAAAAGCGAGUCUGCGAUCUGGCAUCAAGCUUCCAGGAACAAUUGCAGGGCUUGAUUUUGACCACCUUGUUGCAGUUCGAGGUCGAUCCAAGCAAACUUGAUUUGUCCCCUGACCCAAUGUUGCUUCUCAUCAAGGCCGCCGUCAACUGGUUGUGGUGUUGCGGCCAGAAGCUUCUCCCGGCUUGUGGGCGUAGUAACGAGGAAGAGGAGGAAGAGGAAUUGGUUGCUCCCUCCACGCCGAUUCCAACUACAAUUGGAUGCAAACCAGUGCCCGUGAGAUGA